UAAUUAAUAGAGAUAUGGGGUGUGGAGCUUCAGCACAUAAUACUAGGAAUGUGAAAGACAGUAUUGUGAUACCUAGUGAAGGGCCUGCGGCCAAGAAUAGAUACUUACAGCUUCAGGAUGGACAUAAGAUGCCUCUUAUGGGCCUUGGGACCUUCUUAAGUGUUGAUGAGAAUGAGGUAAUAGAGAACGUUACUCAUGCUAUUGUAGAAGAAGGGUAUCGUCACAUAGAUACAGCACAGCUCUAUAAAAAUGAAGAAAUGGUUGGGAAAGCACUUGAGCAAUGUUAUGAGCAAGGAAUAAAAAGAGAGGAACUGUUUAUCACCACAAAGAUCUGGAGAACUAACUAUAAAAAUGUAAGAGGAUCCUUUAAGGAAUCAAUGAAGAAGCUUGGAUUAGAAUACCUGGAUCUUUUGCUUGUUCAUUUUACUCUUACUGAUGUUGACUGGGAGACUUACGAUAUCAAAGGUCCUCCAAUGUAUAAGGUCUGGAAAGAAUUUGAGAAGCUUAAGGAUGAAGGUUUAGUCAAGAGCAUUGGAAUAUCCAACUGCACUAAUAUGAUGUUUGUUGACAUAGUUGCAGGAGCAAAACACAGACCAGUCGUAAACCAGAUUGAAACAAAUCCUUACUUCAGCCAACAAAAAGUUAUUGAUUUCCAAGAAAAAUUUGGAUGUAAAGCCACUGCUUAUGCUCCUAUUGGAAACCCAGGGUUUACUGGGAGUGACCUGUUAAAAGACGAAGUUAUUUUAGAUAUAGCCAAAAAGCACAAAGCUACUGCAGCACAAAUUGCACUUGCCUGGAAUAUGCAAAGAGGAGUAAUGGUUAUUCCAAAAACAAAUAGCAAGGAAAGACUUAAAGAGAACUUCGAAGCUCUUGAUGUCACACUUGAUGAGAAAGACAUCGAAAAGAUCAACCAGCUGAACAAUAACAAAAGAAUGUGGGAUCCUGAUCAAUGGGACGAGCCUCAGUACGGAUGGAAAAAUAACCCUGUUUAUUUGUAACG